UAAGAAAUGGCUGCCUCUAACUUUUCUUCAGUGACUGAGUUUAUCCUUGAGGGGUUAACAAACUGCCCAGAGCUCCAGCUUCCCCUUUUUCUGUGUUUCCUUGGAAUAUAUUUGGCCACAGUCACGGGGAACCUGGGCAUGAUCCUCUUAAUCUCUAUCAGUUCUCAACUUCAUUCUCCAAUGUACUAUUUUCUCAGUCAUUUGUCCUUCAUUGACCUGUGUUACUCCUCAGUCAUCACUCCUAAGAUGCUGGUGAACUUUGUGUCAGACAAGAACACCAUCUCCUUUCUGGAGUGCAUGGCUCAACUUUAUUUCUUCCUUAUUUUUGUGAUUGCAGAAGGUUACCUUCUGACAGUCAUGGCAUAUGACCGUUACGUUGCAAUCUGUAGCCCACUGCUUUAUAAUACUGUCAUGUCCCAUAAGGUCUGUUCUAUCAUGAUGGUUGUGGUGUACUCACUAGGUUUGUUUGGGGCCACCGUCCAUACUACCCGUAUGUCAAUGUUGUCCUUCUGUGGGUCCCGUGUUGUCAGUCACUAUUUUUGUGAUAUUCUUCCUUUAUUGGCCCUGUCUUGUUCCAGUACCAAAAUCAAUGAGAUACUGCUGUUUAUUAUUGGAGGAGUUAAUACCUUAGCACCUACACUAGCUGUCCUCAUUUCCUAUGUUUUCAUUCUCUCCAAUAUCCUCCGUAUUCGCUCCACUGAGGGAUGGUCCAAAGCCUUUGGCACAUGUAGCUCCCACCUCAUGGCUGUGGGCAUCUUUUUUGGAUCUAUCACCUUCAUGUACUUCAAGCCUCCCUCCAGUGUUACCUUGGAAGAGGAGAAGGUAUCCUCUGUGUUCUAUACCACAGUCAUCCCCAUGCUGAACCCUCUGAUCUACAGCCUCAGGAACAAAGAUGUGAAGACUGCACUCAGGAGAGUUGUCAGGGGAAGGCAGUUAGCUUGA